AACGUACAGGACCAGAUGGCCCGUUUUGUAGCUGAUGCACGCGAUGCAAACGAUAACGCAUGAUUUGAUUCCUAUUCGAAUUAUUCGGAUUCGAAUCAUAGGGAUUCGGAUCCGAAUAGUUCGCACAUCUCCAGAGAGAAGCUGUGGUGACGUUCGUCAGGCGCUCGCCGACGCUCUCCGGGUUCCUCCAAAGCGUCCGUAAAAUCGGCACCGAAAGAGCUGCGCAAGAGGUCGGCGCGCAGCGCAAGAGGCCGAUUCCCUUUCGAGCUCGAACCGCUCGGUGUUCGUUGUAACGAAUCAUACGGUUGCUCGUGCGGGCUUGAACAGCACGUAUGUUUCGUGCAGUCCGGUUCGACGGUUCAAGCAGAGGCAGAGGCAGAGGGUAAAAGGCCGGCCGCGAGGAAAAGGACCGUCAGUGUCGAUGAGGAGGACGUUCGGGUGGUGGUAAACCGGUCCGAGCAUGAAGACGAUUGGCCGGAUCCUCGCGUGCGUGUUAUUGGCAGUUGUCCUGGCGAGAAAUGUGCUUGCACGGAGUGCCGGGAAUAUCGAAUUUUCGAAGGGACGCGGCAACGAGAUCCGAGCGCGAGACAGCGUCACGAGGCACCGGCUGACCUCGCGACCGAGUCCAGACGUCGGCGAUUCUCGUCGGGGCAUCCUGGAUGACACGUCCGAAACGGAGGACGACAAAAGUGGUCGAGGGCUCGUGGGAUCUCGCACGUUCGGAAUGAAGAGGUUGCAGUUCAUGCUGAUGCCUAUGAUGUACAAAAUGGGAGUAAUGAUGACGAUGUUGAUGGUGCUGACGGCGAUCUCAGUGAAGGGACUUUUCAUCGGUAUCAUACUAUUGGUGCUGAAGCUCAGCACGUUUCUAGCGAAACUUCACUCCUGGCAUCAUCACGCAGCACCGCAAGCAUGGUCACCGCCGCAACCGAUUCACGUGCACGUACACAACAGUUUUCCGUACGCUCACUCACAGGGCUGGGAAAUGAGCGGGCCAGGAAUGGAGGAGCAGCACUAUUACUACAAGGGAUAAAUCAUUUCGUCGGAAAAUCGAUUCGUCAGGCAAUUUCGCCUUUCCGUCAUUUCGUGCCGUUCGACUUAUUCCGCUGACGCUAAAAACGUUGACGAUGCCCCUCCAGUUGUAGGUUUUAGGCAAUUUUAGAUAGCGAAGGCAUCAUCAACGUUCCCCGUCCGCCGUCGUAAUUUAUGAUUGCAGUCAUAUACAUAUACCCAUUCCGCGUAAAUCCGCGGAAUCGAAAUAUUCUCCGCGGAUGUUGAUGCUCGCGCGAGCAUCAACCGCGAAAAUAUUCUUCCGACAACCACGAGGCUUCGCGCGUGUCUCACACUUAGAUUACCAUUUUACACUUAAGCUCUACUUCUACGAGUAUACCAAAGGGAUUUCUGUAACUUACAAUUAGAGCGCGAAAGUUCACGAAAGUUCGACGUGCAAGCUUAGCAAUGAGCGCGAUGAGGCGACCAAGGCGCGCCUAGAUUCCGCGCGAAGACAAUUAGACGCACAUUAGUCGUUGCUCAAAUAAUAAUUAAACAAAUCUUUCUACUCUGUUAUUCACGCCGUCUCACGACAGCUGGCUCGCUUUAGUCUACAUCGUCCUGUCGUGUCGUCCUUGCGCCAGUAUUUCUUCCUGCACUUUACGAACCGCGUUAUAUUUUGCGAUCAGUCGUAAUUACAAACCGCCAGAUCGCGACAGAGAGCAAGCGCGGCUCUCCUUCCUGCAAAAGUACACCAGUGAUGUUUCUGCAGCACGCGAUGAAUUUGUAUUAAUUAUUUGUAUAUCGCUAAUUAAUCUCAUAGUUUAAUUUGUCUUGAUUUAUCACACGAUGAGCCUUCAAGAUACGUACGUAAAUGAAACAGACCGUUCGCUUGUACGAACGGAAAAGACAUUGUUAACAUUCUGACAGAUGAAAUGUAUAAAUAUCGACGAAAGUGUUCGUCUCGACUGCGAAAAAUGUGCGCCGUGCAGGGUCGAACAAAUCCGUACCGUAAAAUGAGAAACUUGUACUUGUUAACGGAAAAAGAAAUACUUGUAUUUAGCAAUUGUCGCAUACCUCAUGUAAUUAGUAAGUAGUAUUAGAUAUAUUUAUAUUGUGUUGUCGA